CUUCUCCAUCCAUCCUUCCACUGCCUUCUCAAGAGCUCAAGCGUCUCUAGUUCAAACACAAUGUCUAAUAUCCCCUCCCCCCAGCAGGGCUUUGGCUUUCCACCAUUCUUCUUCCAACCACCACUCCCUCCAAGCCGCGCCCCGCCUGCACCCAAAUUGCCUCCACCCACACCAUCACCACCACCUCGCCGCGCCCCGCCACCGCCCCGCCCGCUGCCACCACCUGUCCAGCCGCCACCCCGCCCGCUGCCACCACCUGUCCAGCCGCCACCUGUGCAGCCACCACCCCGCCCGCAGCCGCCCCCUAUUGCACCACCACCUGUGCAGCCACCACCCCGCCCGCAGCCGCCCCCUAUUGCACCACCACCUGUGAAGCCACCACCCCGCCCGCAGCCGCCCCCUAUUGCACCACCACCUGUGCAGCCACCACCCCGCCCGCAGCCGCCUCCGAUUGCACCACCACCGGUGAAGCCACCACCCCGCCCGCAGCCACCUCCUAUUGCACCACCACCGGUGAAUCCACCACCCCGCCCGCUGCCACCGCCUCUUGCACCACCGCCCCACGUCACUCCCCCAUCGCCUCCCUCGCCGACCCCCCACCCCACUGUCAUCAUUAUCGUGUUCGCCUCGCUCGGCGGCCUUUUCUUCCUCGCAUUCAUCGCUGCGGCUCUCUGCUGUUUCCUUAAGAAGAAGAAGAAGAAGAAGAUGGUCCAAGAGAGUGAUGUUGUGAACGUCGAGGACCGCGUACGCGUCCACGAAACCAUAAUUCCAGGGGCCCAUGGCCAACAAGUAGUGGCCAUGGCGGUCGACGAAGAUAUCAGAGUUCAGGAAGUGAUGAAGAAGAACGAAUUCGCCUGCGAAGCCUCGGGCACCAAGCUAGGUGUGGAGGCAGCUGAGACAAACACGGGGGGAGCUGCAGUUCGUCCUGGCUCUAAGAACCACCACCUUCUUGAGCACAAGGGAUAGCAGGGACACAUGGUUGCUAAAGCUUGCCCUGAGAAAGAAGUUAUGAUUGUUCUAAUAAGGACCAGUGGUCCAAUUGUGUGCAUGGAGAUUGGAGAGUGUCGCCAGUGUUCCUUUUAUUUGUUCAAUUCAUCAAAAUAAGAUGGCUUGUUAAUUGCAUUUUAAUGGAAAUGAUUUGAUUUAUUGUCGAAGUGUU